AUAGUUAUUUUGUGUCUUAUUAGCGCAUGCGCUAUCUCGCGUACCGAGCAACACAAGUUUCAACGACACCUAAUCAUAAUUUUCCACUAUGUACCGCAAAGAGAAGCCUUUAAUUUUGAAAAGCAGCGCAUCUUCGCUUACGAACAACCUUUCUGUGUUGGUUGCUUUGGAGAAAGGAGUCCUGAACUAUGCCGUCGUCCAUAAAGCUGUUGUCAACAUUAUAUCGGCAUCAACUGAUGGAUCCACAGUCAAUAGCAGAAACAUCGUCUGCAAAGAACCUUCGGCGGCCCAGCAGAGCACACCAAUGAUUAUACAAGCCAAAUGGAUAUGUCUUCCUACAAGGACAGUUUUUAUUUUAACUUCAUUAAAAGGAAUACAGAUGUUUGAAUCAGAUGGGUCUGCAAUGAUAUACUGGCAUGCUCUAGGUGAUAUCAACAGCACAGACAUAUUAGGUAAUACAU